GUCGUCUGCUCGCUACGGAGAUGGGGAGGGGCGGCUCUGCAGAUAAAGGUCAGGCACAAUCCAGCGAGAGCUCACUGUGUCGCAGAACUUCUGGAGUGCGUGAGUAGGUCUGUCAAACGAAAUGGCAUCACCAAAAGUCAAGAAUGAGAAAAUUGGGAUCGUGGGAAGUGGUUUGAUUGGCCGUAGCUGGGCAAUGCUGUUCGCUGCUGCUGGGUAUGAGGUUCAUCUUUAUGACAUCUUGCCAGAGCAGGUCAGCUCAGCCCUGGACGAUAUUAAAAAACAACUGAAAACAUUGGAAAAGGAAAAACUUCUACGUGGAAAACUGUCUGCAGACCAACAGAUGUCUCUUAUAAAGGGCACAUCAAACUUGUCAGAAGCCGUCAAGGGAGCAAAAUUGGUACAGGAAAAUGUACCAGAAAGACUGGAUUUGAAAUGUAAGGUGUAUCAGGAGUUAGACAAAGUGGUGGAUUCUAAUACAAUCCUCUCAAGUUCUACAAGUACAUUCCUGCCUUCACUGUUCAGUAAGGACCUAAAACACAGGAGUCAAAUUAUUGUCUCACAUCCAGUGAACCCCCCAUAUUAUGUUCCUUUGGUUGAAAUAGUACCAGCUCCCUGGACUGAUCCAGCAAUUAUUCCUCGUACAAGGGCUAUCAUGGAAGAAAUUGGCCAAGCUCCAGUUUGCCUUACAAAGGAAAUUCCAGGCUUUGCACUGAAUAGAAUCCAGUACUGCAUAUUGAAUGAAGUGCUCCGCUUGGUUGCUGAUGGAGUUUUAAAUGUUAGUGACAUUGAUAAGGUGAUGUCAGAGGGUCUAGGAAUGCGUUAUGCUUUCUUGGGUCCUCUUGAAACUGCUCAUUUAAAUGCCGAAGGUAUGGAAAAUUACUGUGAUAGGUAUGGUCAGACAAUAUAUGAUGUGUCCAUGACAAUGGGACCCACACCAAAAUUUGAAGGUCCAGUGGUGAAAGAACUUCAUAAACAACUGUGUGAGAUGACUCCUCUAGAGAAACUUCCAGAACGAAGGGCAUGGCGUGACUUGUGCCUCACACAUCUCUCUACUCUGAAGAAGAAAAUGUCUAAUACUGAAUGAAACAACAAUGUGCAAUAAUAUGUAAAUAAUUAACUAUAUGAACUAUAUUUUGCCAGUUCCAAAA